GCUUCAUCUUUGCUCCAUCUUUGCUCUUCUCCGACCGCACGAACCCUCCGUCUUUCCAAAAACACUCAGUCCUUCCAUCAUGAAGAUGCCCAAGUUACCCGUCCUGAUUACCACCCGCGAUGACGGUCGCAAGGAGUUUAUCGGCCUCACCCCGAAGGAGUGGGUUGUCUCAACUGCCGUCCUAUGCGGGCUCUACGCCAUUCUCGCUGGCUUCUUUGCAGUUCUUCUAGUUAUUGCACAAACCAUUCGCAACGGGGCAGAUUUCUACACUAUCCCGGGCUCUGACAAGCUGGAAGAUGAUGAUGAGAAAGCAGACUCAGAAGAGUAGCAUUUUGCUUCAGAUAUUACAGUUUUAGUUAGCUUCAUUGACCUUCGAUUUUUCGUAUGCCAGUCACAUCGGAGCGUGCCUUUCUGUUCUACAACACCACUCUCAUCCCCACUUUCUUAUUGUGUCUCCCGUCUUCUCAAAUGGGGAACGCUCGCCCUAGUCCUUCGUCCUCAUGGACAUGUUUUGUAAAGUUGAUGGCCGAUCCUCGGUUCCGUA